CAGUCUGGUCCAGAUCCUCCGCUCCUCCUCAGCUCAACACACACAUCCAUUGUACACAAAACGGGCAGGCGGCUCAUGCAUACACACCGCACUCGCACACAUACACACAGGGCGCACACACACAUACGCACACACACGCUCAGCAUCGAUCGUGGCUCCUUUAAGAAAAGCCUAAGCCAGAAUUAUCACCCCACCUCCUCUUGAUCUCCUCUAGACGCUUUUGCAUAAGAAAAUCAAGCCGGGAGCCGAGAGUGAUCAAAGAAAACGAGAGGAGAGCCUGCUUCAUUUUUUAACUGUGAUUGUGACCAUUAACAUUUAGGUGGUGCCGAUCCCGUGGAGACGCGCGUCGGACCAUCAUUCAUCCGGUACUUUUGACAAGCCCUCGCGUUUUUGACUGACAGGCGGAGUGGCAGAAAGCCAUGAGAGUCGCCAGUUUUGUUUGAGGGGCUAUUUUAUUUUCAUCCUGGUUUUGGAAAAGGAGCCUGGCGCCGCUGCCCCGAGGACAGCCGAGGACCUAUUCACCGCGCCUGGGCUAAACUUGCGCAGAGAGAGCGGGGGCUGGCUUUCACCGUGCCGUGGAAAAAGAAGCACACGGGGAUUUUGGCUGAAACAUCUUCCCAUUUAUUUGGAUUUUCUUUUCUUCAUUUCGUCUCCACCCUGGCCUCAGAGGGGAUUUAUCUAAACUGAAAGGACGACCAGGGAGUCAGGAGGGUUAUGGCGCAACGGUACGAAGACUUGCCCCACUACGGGAUGGACGGGGUGGGCAUCCCGACCACCAUGUACGGAGACCCGCACGGCGCCCGGUCCAUGCAGGCGGUGCACCUCAACCACGGGCCCCAGCUGCACUCCCACCAGUACCCGCACACCGCCCACACCAACACCAUGCCUCCCAGUAUGGGCUCCUCUGUUAACGACGCUCUCAAGAGAGAUAAAGACGCUAUAUACGGGCACCCCCUGUUCCCCUUGCUUGCACUGAUUUUUGAGAAAUGUGAAUUAGCGACGUGCACCCCCAGAGAGCCCGGGGUGGCGGGAGGAGACGUCUGUUCAUCGGAAUCUUUCAAUGAAGACAUAGCAGUGUUUGCAAAACAGAUUCGCGCAGAAAAGCCUUUAUUUUCAUCGAAUCCAGAGCUGGAUAAUCUGAUGAUUCAAGCCAUUCAAGUUUUACGAUUUCAUCUUCUGGAGCUGGAGAAGGUACACGAGCUGUGUGAUAAUUUCUGUCACCGGUACAUCAGCUGCUUGAAAGGCAAGAUGCCCAUCGACUUGGUCAUAGACGACAGAGAGGGCGGGUCCAAAUCAGACAGCGAGGAAAUCACAAGAUCAUCGGUGGCCCUUGAUCAGACGUCCUGGAACAGAGAUCACGAUGACACGGCGUCCACGCGCUCCGGAGGGACGCCGGGGCCGUCCAGCGGCGGGCACACAUCGCACAGCGGCGACAACAGCAGCGAACAGGGUGACGGCCUGGACAACAGCGUGGCUUCUCCGAGCACGGGGGAUGACGAUGACCCGGAUAAAGAAAAGAAGCGCAACAAGAAGAGAGGGAUCUUCCCCAAGGUGGCCACCAACAUCAUGAGAGCGUGGCUGUUCCAGCACCUAACGCAUCCCUACCCGUCAGAAGAACAGAAGAAACAGCUGGCGCAAGACACAGGUCUCACCAUCCUACAAGUGAACAACUGGUUCAUUAAUGCCAGGAGGAGAAUAGUCCAGCCCAUGAUCGACCAGUCAAACCGUGCAGUAAGUCAAGGAGCUCCCUACAAUCCAGAUGGCCAGCCGAUGGGGGGCUUCGUCAUGGACGGCCAGCAGCACAUGGGAAUCAGACCACCUGGACCAAUGGGUGGAAUGGGCAUGAACAUGGGCAUGGAAGGUCAGUGGCACUACAUGUAGCCCCGCCUCAGUCCGACCAAUCGCAACACAAAGGGGGAUAACUGCAGGGCAAACCAGGGGAUCACCUGUCUCGCAGAGGGCUACCGAUCAUCGGAACGACACUCCUCGUCUUCCCGAUGACAACAACCAACAGCGAACCCCUCUGUCCACCACCGAGACCCAACAACAUUUUAUUCGGCCGACGUGUGCGACGUGGAAACCUGCCUUCAACCCUCGUAUCCAGCGACAGAGAUGCACAGAUCAAACCUCAUCCAUCCCAGACGACCCCCUGUCCUGACAGACCCCUGCUUCUUCUCUGGCGGGCACUAGACUUCGCCCCCUUGCCACUGCCCACUACGUUCACACGGAUUCCUCCAUUCAAAGUGAUUGCGAUUGCGAGCAUAGACGACACACAAGAGGCACGCUGUGUCCUUUGCCUGUACCUUUGGCCAAUGCAGCACCGGGUGAUAUAUACUAGACUCUUUGGCGAACAAAAGAGACUUCCUGUGAAGAGCACUCCACUCUUUGGGACGACUGAAUUGGACCAAGGAGAAGCCAAUGUCUGUAUCUGACAGGACACUAACAAAGCAAAAGAGGUGCCCUUUAAAAAAAAUAUAGUGGAUUGAAACAUGGAAGGAGGGAAAGCGAGAGAAAAGAAAUUAAAAGUAUAACUAUAUCAACUCCUAGUUUGGGAAGCGAGUGGAGAAAGAAAAUAUACUGUAUACUGUUGUAAAAUUACGCUGGACUCUCACAAGAACUGGGAAUUUAAGUAUUGUAAAUGCUAUUGUAUUGUUCUGCAUAUUAUGUUGUUUCUAAUAGAUUUUUUAAAAAAAGGAUGUGAACUUUUUUCUCUUUUUUUUCUGAUUUCUUUCCACACUAUGUGUGUGCCGUCUCUCCAUCAGAUUUGACCUCCUGCCCCCUCCCUCCAUUGAAUCACGAUGCAUUUUUGAAAGAAAAAAAAAGUGAAUAAACGGACAAUUACGAUCAGUCUGUCAUUUCUCGCAGGCCUUUAUUGGAGAGUGUGAUGGUGAUUCAGAUGUCCUGUUUUUUUGUUGGUUUGUUUUUUUUUUUUUUACACGCAGCUCGUCUACGUACACGCAGGGUGCAGCCGACUUUAUUUUUCAACCUUGUAACUCCAAUUUUGGUCAUUUCUUUCUUUUUAUUUUUACAUUUUCAUAUCAGUUGAUUUUUUUUCCCUCUCCGCUGGUGCAAAAAGUUUUGGUUGGAUUAACUCCGAACACAAGUGACAACAAGUGCAAAAAAAAAAAAGAAGCAGUUUCUGAGAAGCUAACACUUUGGAUGUACGAGGCUCUUAACUCAACUUUUUUUUUUUUUUUUUAACUCUGUUCACACGAGGACGGGCAUCGUAACGUAGCUGUCGACACGGCUAACAUCAUGACGGGCUAACAAACGUGAUAGAGAGCUUCACAAACAAUCUAAAAAAAGAAAAGAAAUCACUGUGGAUGGGGAAACUACAAGUGUGUGUCCCACGAACAUGUUUCCUGUUUUUCUGUGUGUGUGUGUGUGUGUGUGUGUGAUGGAGGGCCUCUGAAAGUCUAUUCCAGUGUCCUAUUGAUGUGUUUUAUGUCACAAGGCCGAGCACUCGCACGGCCGAUGGAUUCUUUUGCCCCCUCGGUGUUUGACGCGGCCUGAUGACGGGGAGAGGAGGAGGUUAUGGGAAAACACCAUUUAUACCACAAGUCCAUCCAUUUUUCUUUUAUUUAACCAGAUGAUGUAAUGCUGAUCAACAGACAGGAGAGAAUGUAAAAGUCACGGCAUGUGUGUGUCAGUGUGUGUGUGUGAGGCAGAAUAUGUGUGUGUGUGUGUGUGUGUGUGUGUGUGUGUGUGGGGGGGUUAUCAAUGCAUCCAUUAUCCAUUGCUUCAAACAUGUAUUACGCACAUCUUUAAGAUUCCUUUGAAGGCGAGUCAUGUUUCUUAUGCUUUUACUUUGAAGGGUAUAUAUGUACAUCUGUGUUGUAAAUAAAUACUUUUUGUUCAAAUAACAGAACUCA